CUCUCUCUCUCUCUCUCUCUCUCUCUCUCUCGUCUCUCUCACCAUUCAAGUAACAAUGCUAGGAAAUCUUCAAAUCUUCCUGUUUAUUGCAGCCAGUAGCUUCACAGUAAUACAUUCUCUCAACUUACCUGCAACUGAUCCGCGGAGAAGUGCUGAAGGAAUCUUUAUCAAAGUAAAUGGCAAACAGUUUGUUAAAGAUGGACAGCCAUUUUACAUAAAUGGAUUAAAUGCUUAUUGGCUUAUGAGUAAGGCUUCAGAGCCAACCGAGAAGGAAAAAGUCUCUACUGCUUUGCAUCAGGCUUCCUUAUUGGGCAUGAAUGUUGUAAGGACUUGGGCUUUCAGUGAUGCUGAUGACUACUUUCCUCUACAGACUUCUCCAGGAUUUUAUAAUGAGAAAAUGUUUAAGGGGCUAGAUUUUGUGAUAUCUGAGGCAAAGAAGAAUGGAGUUCUACUAAUCCUAAGUUUAGUUAAUAAUCAUGAGGAUUUUGGAGGUAAGAAGCAGUAUGUAAAAUGGGCAAGAGAGAAAGGCCAACCCAUAUCCUCUCCUGAUGAUUUCUUUACAGAUGAUCUUGUCAAGAGAUUCUACAAGCAACAUGUCAAAAGAAUUCUUACUAGGAACAACUCGAUCACAGGGAUACCAUACAAGGAUGAUCCCAACAUCUUAGCAUGGGAACUAAUCAAUGAGCCUCGAUGCGAAAGCGAUAUCUCUGGAGAUACUUUACAGGCUUGGAUUGAGGAGAUGGCCGCUUAUGUUAAAACAAUUGACAAUAAUCACCUUCUUGAAAUUGGAUUAGAAGGGUUCUAUGGAGAUUCCAUAUCUGAUAGGAAGCAAUUUAAUCCUUGGUAUGAUGGAGCUGGCGCUGAUUUUAUUUCGAAUAAUCUUGUCGCUGGAAUUGAUUUUGCCACAAUCCAUAUUUAUCCGGAGCAAUGGAUGCCAAGUUCGACUCUAUUGGACCAAUUUGUUUUCGUUCAAUCUUGGAUUCAAGCUCACAUUCGAGACUCUAAUGAAAUCCUCGGUAAGCCACUUCUGAUCACGGAGUUUGGCCGAUUAAGUCCAAAUUCAUAUCCGGUCAAUCUAAAAGAGAGAGACAGCUUGUAUAAAUUAGUAUACUCUGGUGUCUAUGGCUCAGCCAAAGAAGGUGGUGCUGGAGCCGGUAGCUUAUUUUGGCAACUUCUAAUUGAUGGCUUAGAUGAUCUGAGAGAUGGCUAUGAGGUUAUCCUCUCCGAAACACCAUCUACAGCCUUUGUUGUAUAUCAUCAAUCCCAAAAGCUUUUUAGUCUCAAUAAAGCCCAUGCUUUUACAUGAAAGAGUUAUUAGGCUCAAUUGGUUUAAAGGAUUUAGUGAGGAUGAAAAUUUAUUUUGUAUUUAUUUAAUUUUUUGUAGA